GCCAACGUGUAACCUUAUAUACGACUGAAGUGAAACGGAGCUAGUUACGGCAGAAAUAGUAAAUGCUACAUUUAUAGUGGCUCUGUUGGGGCUUUUCCUUGCUCAGCUCUACUUAAAAUAUGAACACUGAGCAAAACAUUUAUUUUUUCACCUGGAGAAACUCAGCGGAUGCCUCUAGUGGAUGAAUCAAGCAGCCGCUGGAUCUGUUUCACCCUCCAACUCACCAUGGAGCUGUGGUCUCAGGGAGCAGCUGUGAUCUGGACACUGUUCUUGUUUUACUGUAUAUCCACAGUUAGGGGUUUUCAGAUGAAAAUGAUAUAUUGCACGAUUUCUGACAGCUGUGACUGCGACUUCAAGCCAAACAUAAAGGGACUGGAGUGGGACCUUUAUAAAAAUUUAUAUGGGCAGCAUCUGGCGCAGGAUAUUGUGUCAGAGUCGGUGGCCAGUUUCCUGCAGAAGGAAAGUCCAGAUAGACCACUGGUGCUAUCCUUCCACGGAGCCUCAGGGACUGGUAAGAGUAUGGUCAGCACUAUGCUGGGACGCCACCUGUAUGGAACAGCUAUGGGAAGCCCUUACAUCCAUCAGUAUGUGCCCACACUGCACUUUCCCUUAGCUGACCGGGUGAAGCAAUACAAGUCAGAUCUGAAGCGCUGGGUGCAGGGUAACCUCACAGCCUGUGCUCGCUCUAUCUUUAUAUUUGAUGAGAUGGAGAAGAUGCCCCCUGGCGUGAUUGAUGUAUUAGAACCGUUCCUUGGGCCUUCACAUGUUGUUUUCCAGACUAACUACCGCAAGGCCAUCUAUGUUUUUAUCAGCACUGCAGGUCAAGAGGUCAUUAACAGAGUAGCUCUAGAGAGCCGACAGGCAGGACGAGACAGAGAGGAGAUCCAGCCAGAGGAGCUUAAGGAGGCCAUUGCAGAGGCUGUGUACAACAAUAAGAAUAGUGGAUUCUACCAUUCCAAAAUAAUCUCUGAAAAGCGAAUAGCUCAUUUUGUGCCCUUCCUGCCCUUGUGUCGGCGCCACGUGGAACGCUGUGCCCAGCGGGAACUGUGCCAACGCGGUGAGUGCCAGCGCAGAGACGUGGCAGUGGCAGUAGGGGGCGCCGUGACCUACACACCACAGGAUGGACAACACUUCUCAAGUACUGGGUGCAAACUAGUGCCUGCUAAAGUCAACCUUUUCCUCUGAGGAUUGAGAUUUAAUGUCUGUGGUCACACAUGAACAGCAGGCCAGGUGGAGUUCAUCCAUGCCAGUCUGCAGGGGCAGUGAACAAGUUUCUGUAGAAGAACUGGUGAGAAGUGGCCUGAAAAUCAGAAAUGCAGCUUGGGACGCUGCCUUUUUUUAAGAAAAAAAACUGAGUUUACAGUUGGGAUCAUGGUAUCUUCAUGUAGAUACUCAUAAAUACCUUGCUGGCAAGGUUUGUCUCUAAGAAGCCUCUGUAUGUGCCAAAUCUCUGUGCAAAGAGGUUCUGCUGUUGAUCAUUUUAUUAGGCAGGUGCACAGAGUUGCCAUCAGCUGAUUUGCCAGUUUAAAAUCAAAAGGGAAUGGCUUUUUCCAGCUGCAACAAUUUUACCUGACUGAAGAGGAUUUUUAAUUGUAUUUAAAAUAAUUUGCUGGUUUAAAAUCAGGAAUUUAAAAGAUUUUCAUUAUUUAUGAGAGUCUGGGGAAUGAAGUGCUGUAUUCUCUGUCUUUACCAAUAGGUGACAGUAUUGUCACAUUUGGUCUGAUAAGUCGUCUUGCUUCUCAUUUUUAAUUAGACUUCUGAUUGUAAACAGAGAUGGAAUGUCAAUUCCUUAAAAUGGUAUACAUAUAUAUUGUUAGCAGUAAACAGCGAACAGUUUGUGUUCUUGUAUCCCCCCACAACUAAAUAUGGAUAGUGCCAUAGUUGCUGCCAAAUGAGUCCAUGUUUCAUAGUGCAAGUUGCACUUCAAAAUGGAUGAGUGUAUUAUUUACAGUACUGAUGUAGUGAUGAACUCACACACUGUACUAUGGAUGGGUACAGUGUUGGGUUGCAACUGCAAGAGCAGAUUUGAAAGUUCAAACUGAAGGUUCUAAUCCAGCUAUAUGGUACAUCCUGAAAUGUUUUGAAAAUUCUGCUUGCCUUUGCCUAAACUAAAACACACAUUCUUUCAGUAUUAAACUGAAAAUCUUUUCAAAUUACUUGAAUUUUUCUAUGCACUCUAUUUGAAAAUUAAACUUUAUAGACUUAGCAAUGCUUAUUUUCUUGUACUUGGUCCUUGUAUCUGAUAUCCAUACUUUCAUCUGACCAAGGAGUAUCAUGUUAUUUAUAAGUUAUAGCUGUCAGAUGAUUUAUUCAUGCCCAAUCCCAAGCACUCAGCUGACACACAGUAUGUUCUGCUGUUUGCAGACAUGCCCUGUAAUUACUGAAUUCAGUUACUUUAAGGUGAAUGCAUUGCUGCAGGGGUAUGAAGCCCCCAGGAUUGGGCUUCAGUGGAACUGCGUUCAUUGAAGUGAUGGAGCACCAUCCAGUUUUGGGAUGAGUUGGAGUGGUGUUUGUGAUCCAGAACUAAUCAUCCAACAUCAGUACCUGACCUCACUAGUGCUCUAUUGGCUGAUGCUACACCCUUGAUUUCAGAAGAAAUAUUUAAUACAUAUUGACAUAUAGGGCCAGUUUUCCAGACUCAUAUUAAGUUUAGGUCUAGACCAAAAAUUAUUUCCAAUGGAUGUUUCACCAUUGAUGCUUCAAUUUAGUCCAGUGCUAGGCUUAAUCUGUGUGUGGGAAACAGGCCCAUAACGAAUAAUAUCAUCGCUAACCAUGAAGAGGAGAAAAAUACUGUGCUUCAUAGUGCCUCAGAUUAUUAAAUUAAAAGCCCAUUUGUUUUCUCUGUUCA